AUGUCUGCCGAAAUGGACCGGUCCAGCCUCUUCCAAUCAGCUAACGAACGCCCUGAACCAAUCAUCGCUGAGAUAAAAGGUAUCAUUCCCACUUGGCUGACGGGAACCUUGGUAAGGAUUGGACCUGGCAGAUUUGAGUGCGGUGAAACGCCGCUCAAACACUGGUUUGAUGGCCAAGGACUUCUGCACCGCUUUCACAUAGAAGCCGGUCACGUGACAUACAGUAACAAGUUUGUGCGAAGCGACAGCUAUGCCGACACCUUAGAACGUGGUAAUCUUUCUCAUCUAGAGUUCGGCACAUUUGUUCCUCCUGAUCCCUGCAGGAACAUCUUUUCCCGUUUCUUCUCUCGCUUUCGUGGAAAAGAACUCCCCUUUGAUAACACCACUGUCAACGUGUUUAUGAUGAAAGACAAGAUGUUCGCAACAAGUGAAUCUAAUUUCUUAUAUGAAAUCGAUGCUAAGACUCUAGACACCUUGAGGAGGGUGAACAUCACGGAUGAAUUUCCUGGUAAGUAGCUGUAUUAAACUGUGCAGGCAGGUUCGCCUAUCCCUGACUCGUCCCAGUCGACUCUUUUGUCUCGUCUUGUAAGCCUAAUCUUCAGCUUGCUGUUGCGCAUGCUUGGCAAGUAUGACGUAGCAUGAAUGGAAUGAAUUGAGCGCGAUCUGAUCGCGCGCGUUUGUACCCUAUAUCACGUGAGAUGUAAGCAAAGCACCAGCGUUGGAGCAAAGGCAUUUUUACCUUCGAUUAGAAGCCCGACACUCGUUUGCACUCCCUAACUGUUGUUACCAAAAGUUAAGUGUGAGGCAAAGACGUUUAUGAGCGUAACGCGUCAACUGGAAGUGAGGACUUGACGAUACCAAAUUAUUUUUGCCAAGUGUCUUUACUUUCACGAUUUUCCACUGCCCAAGAAUGCAAUACGUCCACUUCGGUUUUACUUCGGUCGCUGAAAAACGUCUUUGCUUAAGUAACGGUGGAAGCGCGUGAAAGAUGCUACGGGGGAGAUGGAAAGGACGAGAAAGGAGUUUCUUCUCCUUUCUUCCAUCAUUUGCUUUCCCACCUCCGAGGAACUCUGGAUGUUAAUUACAAACUUUCGUUCUGGAGCAUAUCCCAUCUUACUAGCUUUUAUUCCGGUUUAAUCUUAGGUUUUUAUUUGCAGGUGAUGUUAAAAUCAACUCUGCAACGGCCCACCCGCACCAAACCCCGGACGGUUCAAUCGUCAACGUCACUGUCACAUAUGGCCGAAUCUCCUGUUACAAAAUCAUCCAGAUACCACCCUCCUCGGGACAAGCGGGUGUGAAUGCUUUAGAGGGUGGAAGAGUACUUUGCACAAUCCCACCUACAAGUGGUAUAGGGUACUUUCAUAGCUUCUGCCUCACCGAUAAUUACAUCAUUGUGACUGAACAACCACUGAUGGUUGGAAUAUGGAAAGCUCUGGCGCACAAGCUUGCUGCCUCCAGUUUUGAGCAAUGGCUUCGCUGGGAUGCAAAACAGCUCGUAAGAUUUCACAUUAUCGACAGAAAAGAUGGUCACCGCGUGGGCAUUUUCACAGCAGAGCCAUUCUUCGUGUUCCACCACAUCAACGCAUUUGAAAAAGAUGAGGAGAUCUAUCUCGAUGCCUGCUGUUACCAUGACAACUCGAUUAUAAAACAGUUGUACCUUCAUAACUUGCGCUCACCUGCAGAAACAGGUCAGAAGAAGUUCGAUGUCCCGGAUGCACGCCGUUAUAAGCUUCCUUUGGGAGAACUUCGUGAUGGUAAUGAAAAAGAGAAACCUUUGCUAAAGGCAGGUGAUGGGAUGGAUUAUUCUUUGCUGUGCACAGGAAUUGAAUUGCCGAGAAUAAAUUACGAGGAGUUUAAUGGUAAACCAUACAGGUUUGUGUCGGGUUUUAAUUAGUACCAGACUUUUGAGUCCGAUUAUAAGGUACUAUUUAUUGUGAUUAGCUAUCAUUUCGACCGUCACAACCAGUUUAGGGUCUCACCCACAGGCCACCCUGCAUAGCAUUCAGUUCUUCUGUAUAAGUUGAAUUGUUUCACCCUGGUUCGAGUCCUUAUAACAAGAGUAAAGCCGUACUUGCUUAAUUUAACCACCACUGAACACGUAUAAUGAUUUUCAGGUUUGUGUAUGGCGUUGGAUCAUCUGACGUUGGGAUCUUUGCCAAGCUCAUCAAACUCAAUGUGGAUACUGGGGAGUUUGUCACCUGGGAGGAGCCGGAAGGGUUCACGUCAGAACCUGUAUUUGUCAGGACGCCUGAUGGGAAGGCAGAGGAUGAUGGUGUCAUCUUGUCGUGCGUGAUUAAUGUCAAAGACCAGACCACCUCUCUGUUGAUACUGGAUGCCAAAGAAUUCAAGGAGCUGGGUCGAGCUGUUGUCCAAGAAGUUACUCCAGCCACCCUUCAUGGAAUCUUUCAGUAGUCGCAUGUUCUCGCAUGUGGUUUAAGUCAGAUUUUCUGUUACCAAUUAGCUACCAUUAAAUGCAGUAUUCAGGAGUUCGAAGAGAUUGCGAGGCGUGACCAUUUUCCUCCCUCUUUAGAACAGAGUAUUUUUAGCAAUUCAAUUGACUCGCUGUCCCUUCGAAACUAACAUUGCUAUCACCUAGAGAUCCAAUAUAUGGAUCAACGUAGAUAAAGUAACAGGAAGGAACGAUCAUAGUCGUUACCUGAAAGACAGUUAGUUUCUCUGUUGCUGAUGCUUAAUUAUCUGCAGCUCGAACGCAGUAAUUGCUCAGUGUUUAUAAGGGCUGAAGAUGGGUUGCCAGUUUGAAUUGAUUCGAUCAAACUCUCUUCACUCGACCACUGUGAUUCUGAAAAAGGAGUCUUGAAUAAUUUUCAGCCGAAGUCACCCAUACUACGAGAAGCAACUCACUGUGUCAAUUUCGUACUGUUUUUAAGAGUUACUUUCCUUUAUUUUAACUCUUAUUUGGAGCUGAAGUUUGUAACUCCCCGAUAGGGUAAUUUUAAUCUAAAAUUAAAACUUUAUUUUUUGGAGUUAUGACUAACUCCUUGAAAGUUGCCUUACAAAAUCCAUUUUAUAUAUAAGCUGCGCACGAAACACCUUUCAAGAUCUAUGACUCAUCUAAGCGGAGUAUUGUUUUCCUUAUAUAUUUAACAAUAACUGGCUUAGCAGCACUUGAUUGUUUCUCUCAGUCCUUUCAGGUGUCCUUUUGACGGAGUUAGCAACUGUGACGAAGAAACCGUUAGGGACACCAUGGGGGAAGGGGUAGGGAACCUAAAGUCACGGGCGCGCCUUGUACCACAGAAAUCGCCGGUUUAACCUUGGCCCAAUUACCCGAUGUGGUGCCCAAUGGGCCAUUCACUUUCACUUAAUAAUUUAUUGACAUCAAAUGAGUUUAAUUUAGUUUCGUCUCGGAGACUUUUUAAACAAUUACUGGAUAUCAGGGACUUAAAUUAAUUCUUUUCGGGACUACUCAUUUUGGACAAACAGUGUACAGCAAAGAAGAGAAGCCGGACCUGCUUGGUGUAGAUCAUUAUCGGCAAUGUAGAAUAAAACUUCAAAUUAAAUGCAAGGCUGAACGAACAGCUAUGGAGGGAUUUUAUUGCUUAAUAUUAAAUUCGUUGCGUUUUAAAGCAAACGAGAGUGUUACUUGGUGAUUAUUCAAAGAAGUGUCUUUAAACCCUUGGACGUAUAAGGGGAGGGGGGUGGUGGAUGUCCCCCCCCAUAAGGUUUUUCUGAGUUUUUUCCUAGAGGAUAAAACACCAGCACCUGACGUUUUCAGUAGCUGUUUGUUUAUCUCUCGCGCCUAUUUUGAGACUAGUAUAGUGAUGGUCAGUUGCUAUGGUUACGAGAUAUGACGUCAUAAGUAGAAGGUGGUCAAGCCAAUUUGGGGUGAAAAUACAUGUUUUUUCAACUUCUUUCAACAAUAAAACUAAAUCUUGUGGCUAAAAUCCUGCAAAGUGCUUAUUUAUGUGUUAUUUUUCACGUAAAGCACAAACCUGAUUUCUAAUUCUUUGUAAAAUCCAAGCGGACAUGUACGUCCACGGGUCACGUCCACUCGUCUCGUUUUUCAGGCACCCUCACAGAACAAGGCGCUAACUAAAGACGUGGUAUAUAAGAAUGAUACUUAAGGGACCAGUCAUAAUUUAAGUUGGAGGGGGGAGUGGAGGAGAAAUUGUUUGUUAUUCCAAAUUUUUUCCGGACCCCCACUAAUAGCACCCAUGUUUUUUAGGUACCCACCCUUCAAUCAUGUUAAAAGAUUUAAGGACCCCCCCUUUCUUAUACAUAAUACCCAAAUGGUAAUAACAAAUAACGUUUUCUUUACUUUACCGUUCUUACUAACUGUCACUUCCGAAUGUGCCAACUACAACCAGAGAAGCACUUCACACUAAACUGAGAAAGAGAUUUCACCUAGAGCCUCUCAGACAGCUUAUAGAGCAAGGAUAUAUCAGUGAUUGUGUCAUAAUUGAGAUAAGACAAGCCAUCGAAAGGUGAGAGGCCGACAGGACCGCUUCAAGGAAGAAAGAAGAUAAUCAGCCAAAGCUUACUGCUUUUUAUAUGAGCAGUACAUGCUCUAAUAGCAAAAAAACUUGACGGUGACACAGACAGUGAGUCCUCAUCAACCUCAUCUACAAAUAAUGAUUCGGAUAGUGAGAUUGCAUAACAUGACUUUAUGCAUGUAAUCAUUUGUUAAAAUGCCCAUGAAAUUGUUUCAGUGUGACACAAUAAUGGAAGUUGUGUUGAUGCACCUACUAUUUGAGCAUUAAAUCUUUUUGUAAAAAUGCUGAUUAAAUUGGUUCAGUAUUACACAAUAUAGUACUUUGUGUAAAACUGAAUGAAAAUCAGGUCCUUUAAUACUCAAACAUCAUGCUGCUCAGUAGGGAUGCUACUUAAAAGAAACUUGAAGACCCCCCCAAGGUCAUCUUUUGGCAUUUUAAGGCCCCCCAUAUUCCGUCCAAAAAAAAUUGAAGGCCCCCCAAUUUCUCCUCCACCACCCCCUCCAACUUAAAUUAUGACUGGUCCCUAACGUUGCUGCAUUUCCUAAGUUUUUCACACGACAAAAAGAACGUUCCUGCGUCAAAAUACAACACAUUUACAACCAACAACGAGAAGUUCAAAGACUACUGCAAAGCUGGACUCCUCGUUCUCGGUUCUUUAUAUUUUGGCUGAUUAGAUCUCUUUUCUGGAGACCCAACGUUUACAACUGGCAGGAUCUUCGUCCACGGUUUUUUUGCAGUUAAUUUAACACAUUUACAGCUAUUUCGAGAAAGGUUGUCGGAAAAAGAGAACGCGACAAUCCCGAAAGGUAUUGUGGGUGGUUUUCAGUUCACUGUUCUUGUGACGAAACCCGCCACAAAAGUGAGUCCUCUCCAACGAUAACACCGAACAUAGACAAACUCAAGAAAACACGUAUAUAAAAAAAUUAUACUCGUUUAACUAAGGGCCUGUUUACAUGGAGUGUGGGACCCCGGUCUAGUAGGGUUGGUUUCUUUUGUUUUCACGCUCUGGGGGACAAAACAAAAGAAACCUACCCCACUAAACCGGGGUCCCCCACUCCAUGUAAACAGGGUCUUAAUAUCUAAAACUUCCAAAUCCCAUGCAAAUGCAAGGUGUGGCAAUAAAGGGACUAUUGUAAAAGGUCCGAUCUUUUAUGUACAAUUUUUACGUCUCAAACCGCUGCUCUCUAGUUUAGUUUGGUUUUCCGCAACCGUUCUUGGAGAGGUGUUAUGUAACGCACUGACUUCUUGGAGAGAUGUUACGGUCUCCACAAUACUUCUCCUGCUCUCUCAACUUUUACAGCACAUCAAACUGCUUUCCCCCAACAAAAUUACUUCUUUUGCCGUGAAGUUAAAAGGAACACCUCUGCUGAAGGGAUUUCAGUAGAACGGCUUGUGCUUCAAGGUCUCUCUCUUACUGUCUCCCUGAACGCGCCCUCCGCACUGACUUUUUUGCGACGCGGCUCCAUCUUAGGGCCUGUUUACAUGGGAUGGGGGACCCCAGUCUAGUGGGGUUGGUUUUUUUUGUUUUCACGCUCUGGGGGACACAAAACAAAAGAAACCUACCCCAUUAGACCGGGGUCCUCCACUCCAUAUAAACAGGGUCUUAACAUCUAAAACUUCCAAAUCCCAUGCAAAUGCAUGGUGUGGUAAUAAAGGGACUAUUGUAAAAGGUCCGAUCUUUUAUGUACAAUUUUUACGUCUCAAACCUUUGGUUCGCAUUUUUGGGUUGCCAAUGACAUACAUUUUUGCUUCUUGUAUGGUUAUUUUUAUUGUGUGCGCGCCUCUGUUGUCCGCAAGAAAAGGAUUAUACGAUCACUGGCGAAAAAGUGAUUUUAUAUAAACAUCAUCGAAGGCCAUAGGCGUACGGGCCGGGGGGACGAGGGGGGCUGCAGCCCCCCAAAUUUUGGGCAACUCAGAUUUUUUGGGCAGCAAGAGAAAAUUUGGGCAAAGCUAUUUUUUAAAGACGUUUCCGUGUUUUUUUAUUAGUUUAAAGGGACAAAUAUUUUCGAUUUUAAUCUGAAAAAGAUCCUGAAGUCAGCGUAAUAAUCCAGUUACUUUCUCUCGAGACACUCACAGUGGUUGCUUAGCACGUGAUGAGUUUCUGGUUAUAGGGAAGGGUAUCAUUUGUUGAUUUACAUAUUUAUAUUUUUUUAUUGUUGAGCACUGUACUGUACUGCACUGCACUGACUGGAAUGGGCUCUCAGCAGUCGUGAAUUGAUUAGAAUAAGCUUCCGCAUAUCUUUCUAGAAUCAUCUCCGCCCGUAGAAUAGUAUAUGGCAGAGAGCAUCAGCAACAGUGGGUGUGAAAAUGAAGAAGUGGCUGACUAGUACUCAGCUCGAAUUACGAGAAGAAUAUUAAAUUUUUUAAAUUAUCUAUCAAGCAAUAAUUUGUUAAAGUAGACCGAAAUGUUUACAAAACCGCUGACAAGAGCACCUCGAUACAUACUGAUGAAAUGGAAUCCUUCUUUCUAGCGAUCGGCUUGAGCUAUCUCCUUGAUAUUUUACCCACGUUUUUAAAAAGAUUGAAGCUACUAUGAGGUGAAAUUACAUGUCAAAAGAGAUUCGUUUUCUACAGAUAACGGCCAAACAUCAAGAUUUUUUUAGCAUAUUUCUAAAACUUCAUCCCAAAAUAUCCCGAUAACUCUUUUAUAGAUUCCGUUUUAACUUCACGAACAUCGACGCGACUAUUGGAGAAAAAAGUUGCCGUGAAGAUUUUGUAGGAACAGUUCCCAGUGUCAAGAAAUAUUGCUGCAAGUAAAAUAGACAAUGGCAUCAUUUCGUUGCUAUGACAACUCCGAUGUCAUUAAAACCCUAUGAUAAAUUUUCACCUAUAUCUAAUAAAACUAUGGUAGCAAUUUUUCCAAAUGUUUGUCUAUGACGAAGUAGUUAUGCUCAAAAUUGGGAGGUAUUGACCCUGAAAAACUGCCACCUUCAUAUGCCAGUACGGCCUACGUUACUGUUUCGUAAAAAUGUGGAUAACUUGCGAGAAUUUUUUGGGCAAAUAGUUUACCGCGCCCCCUGGCAAAAAAUUGUCCGUACGCCUAUGUCGAAGGCCAACACCGUCUUUCCAAUCUAGCGCAUGCCCUUAAAUCCGUAUGAAAAAAAAACCAGCCUUGUGGCAGAGGUUCGUCUGUUUCGUCACCCGAUGAAUUUAUCUUCAUACUUAAAUACUCGCCAGCGCUCACCUCACUCAGCGGGACUUUAUCGAACUUCCAUGGGACUGGGGAGGAGUGGAACCUGACUAGAAGAUAAUCACAGGUGAUCAGCUAACAAAAGACUGUGCACUAAACUAUUGCUCCAGACCUAAGCUUAAAGGAAGGAACAGGUAAAUUAGUGCAAGAUAUUUCAAACAGAAAAGCCUUGUUGAGGGUUGCGUUUAUGAAUUGAGUGACAUGUAUUACGUAAGAAUCUUCAGUUGUGUGUUCUUUCCAAGGUGUUGAGGCCUUGCUUGCUGGACUGAGAGCGAUGUUUUUCUAUAUCUUGGAUGCCAAAUUUGGGAUAUUUUAAAGUUUCGAUAUAUAUUUUUAAUGAACAAGAUAUAAUUAUGUUUUGUUGUUACUCACAUCAUCGUUACAACAAAGUUGAAAUUAUAACCGCCUCAAACAGGAUGUUGGUUACGUAACGAGGAUAGUGAAAAAAAACUAAAACAAUGCCCAAAGUGUAAGUGUUAGGUUAAUGUCAUUGACUUGCUGAUUAAGACUAGAUCCAGUUAGUGUGCAAACCUUCCAGUCCUUGAGUUUGAGUUGAACUUUCGUGGAGGCUAAAUAAGAGUCGUCACGCAGUAGAACAAUGAUUUGCGAUAAGGUCCCGUGUUAUGCAAAUGUUAAAAAGAUGUGAGAGUCGGAACUUGUUGGAAGAGAGGUUUUCGAAUGCAUUGUGACAUCAAUUUGUGCCAUUUUGAAAUUACCCAUUGACGGGCGCCGAGCAAGAGUCACUUGUUGAUGACUAGUGGUCCGAGAGCGAUUGCUGAGCCGUGUGAAUAUUGAAUUAGCCAAAGCAUAACUUUCAUGGAAUAUGAAAAUGUUCUAAAUGCUAAUAUUCUCUGUUGAUUCGUUCAUGCUCGAAUUUUACGAAUCGAUUAGGGCACGAAAACGUACAUUAGCUGAUUUCAUGCACAAAACUUCAAUAUUCAGUUCUUUUUUAAAAUUUAAAAGAUAUGUACCGUACAGAUUGAUUUAUCAUACCAAAUUUAUCCUAGAGUUUGAAUUUUCAAAUGAUGUUUACAAGACCUUGACAAUACUCCCUGUCGCGUGCAACACCGUUACCUCAACCAUGAAAUAAGCAGCAGGCGUCAAACUGAACGUAGAAAUAUGAAUAUGGUGUCAAGUAAACGUCGGUUUUUUUAUUGGGCCCUCGAAUGAUUUUGCCAUUUGGAGUAGAAUGCUUUCUUGCUCCUUAACGGAAAUCUUAAAAAUAGCAAUUUAUUUUAAAGUUUGUAUAGGAACGGCCGGCAGUAGUAAUCGACUUUGGCUUUAAAUUUGUACACAAACAACUCCAAGAAGCUCAAGUACUGUAGUGAUCAAGCCGGACAGUUUCAACAUUUUUCUUUGGUGACCAUUGUUUAUUCUGAAAGUGAGAGGGAGAAGGCUUUUCAACUUUUGUUUAAACCGAUUAUGCAAUAAACACCAACUUUUCAUGCAUAUGUCAUAACAGUUUACAGCGCGAUUCAGUGAAGAACAACAAAAUGUGUCUUAUAAAGCAAGUUCACUUUUUAAAAAUCGUUUAUCAGAUAAAUCUUUGGCAAAGAAAAUAUCAUUAAAUUUGACUUUAUGAUCUGAAACUAACAUGUUUUCAGGUAUACCUUUGCUAAUUGUUAGUAAAGAACAACUUAUGAUGUCGGAGAACAGAUUAAACCGUUUGAAACUGCGAUAGAAACGCCACAGUUUGUGACUGGCACCAACCAACGUCAAGGCGGAAAACCAUUUUCGCCGAAAAGCCUACCAAAUUUAGUGAUUAUAGAAGAGUUCUGUUUAAAAGUUACAGUUCUUAGAGCAUCUGAAAAUUCUCUACGCCACCGCUUUUUUUUAUUCCCCUGUUCUGACUAAUAGGGAGCCCACUGUUUCUCCUUAGAUUCUGUAUUUCCUUAAAGUCAUGUCUGCCGAAACAGUGGACCCGUCCUGCCUCUUCCAAUCGGCUAACGAACGCCCUGAACCAAUCAGUGCUGAGGUAAGAGGUACCAUCCCCACCUGGCUAACGGGAGCUUUGGUUCGGGUUGGACCUGGCAGAUUUGAGUGCGGUGAUACCCCGCUAAAUCACUGGUUUGAUGGCCAAGGACUUCUCCAUCGCUUUCACAUAGAAGCUGGUCAAGUGACAUACAGCAACAAGUUUGUGCGAAGCGACAGUUAUGCCGAUUCCCUAGAACACGGAAUCUCGUGUCAUCUGGAGUUUGGAACGUUUGUCCCUCCAGACCCGUGCCAAAACAUCUUUACUCGCUUCUUCUCGCGGUUUUGGGGAGAAGAAGUUGCUCAUGAUAAUACCCUUGUCAACGUGUUUAUGAUGAAAGAAAAAAUGUAUGCAACGAGCGAAAGCAACUUUAUUUAUGAGAUCGAUCCUAUUACCCUGAACACCUUGAAGAGAGUGGACAUCGCAGACCUACCAGGUAUUGACUAUCUCCGGUUUGCUAUAAGUGAUUUUUUGUUAAAGGCGCUAGCUACACCGUUGGUUUUGUCCUGUUACAGUGUGUUGUAAAAAAUGUUACUCAUGCAUACCUUGUUAGACUUGUUAUUUUCUUGACAUCUUUUUUGCUUCUUCAACCUUUGGCCAUUUCCCAAAGGUAAAAGCUUAAUUAAUACAGGUCUGAGCGUCUUUGGAUUUUCUUCACGCUUAAGAAUUGUUGAAAGGCUGCUUCAAUUUUGAUUUGCUUUGAGAAGACUUUUUUCGAUUUUUAGGAUUGUGAAAACAAAAUCUGUGGCUAACGACAUAUUUUGUUGAACAUUAUAUUUAGACAAAUGGUCGUUUUAUCUCAAAGGGGGUUUGUCCCGCUAUUUGCUAUCUUUUCAAAAACUAAAACGUUUUUCGCGUGAAUAGAACUCUAAAAAAUAAUGGUCUAGUUUUGUUAUUUUUAAAAGACUAUAUUUAGGGAUUGAAACUGUUUCCUGCCGUCUGUUGCUAGGGAUCAUGGCAAGGAUUGACAUGGACUGAAACUUGAUAAAGUUGGGCCAAGUUAUUCAUCUUUUAAAUGCUAUGCCUACAAAAACUAUCAAAAAUAUGGUUAUUUGUUCUCCGUGAUGAAAUUGUUUGAAAUCUUCUUCAUAACCUAACAGAAGCAUAUUUUGUAUCUGGGUAAAAACACUAACUGAUGACUUCAGCACAGAAUUGACUUAAAUCAUCAAUAUCCUGGUGACACAGCCGGCCUUUAAAUAAAAUGUUUUUUUGUUCCUCCUACAGGUGAUGCUACGAUAAAUUCGGCAAAAGCUCAUCCACAAGUCACUCAGGAUGGUUCAGUGAUCAACAUCUCCGUGACGUAUGGCAGAAACUCAGCUUACAAAAUCAUCCAGAUACCACCUUCCUCGGGGAAUGCGGGCGAGGAGCCUCUAGAGGGUGGAAAAGUGCUUUGCUCAAUCCCGCCCAAGAGUGGUUUAGGGUACUUUCAUAGCUUCUGCCUCACAGAUAAUUAUAUUGUUCUCACCGAACAACCCCUUAUGAUCGACAUAUGGAAAGUUCUCGGGCAUCGAUUUUCUGCUUCUAGUUUUGAACAAUGGCUUUAUUGGGAUGCAAACCAGCUGGUCAGAUUUCACAUUAUCGACAGGAAAGAUGGCAACCGUGUCGGUGUCUUCACAGCCGAACCAUUCUUCGUGUUCCACCACAUCAACGCAUUUGAAAGAGAUGAUAAAAUUUUUCUUGAUGCCUGCUGUUACUAUGACAACUCGAUUAUAAAACAGUUGUACCUUCAUAACUUGCGAUCCCCCGCAGAACCAGGCCAUAAAAAAUUAGACGUCCCAGAUAUACGCCGUUAUGAGAUUCCUUUGGGAGAUCUUGGAGAUGUUAGUGCAGAGAAAGCCCUACGCAAGGGAGUAGACGGGUUAGAUUAUUCUUUGCUGUAUGCAGGACUUGAGUUGCCGAGAAUAAAUUACGAAGAGUACAACGGUAAACCAUACAGGUGGGUGGAAGAUUCUCUGCUUUAUUCGGUAGGAAAAAAAACGAUAUAUAAAAAACCGGCCACACCUUUUUCAGCAUACCUAAGAGUGUUGACACGUGAACUAUCUUCGAAUGAUAAUCGUGGCGAUGUUUAUGCAGCGUUCAUACCUUAGUAUAGUGCUUAAACUUCAAGAUGGAUUAGAAAGUGGUCUCCAUGUUUUCGCGCAAUUAAAAAGUAAAGUAUUUUUUAAUGAUCUACCUUUACUAUUACCAAACUGAAACAUGAUUGUUUUCUUUCAUGCCGUCAGGUUUGUGUAUGGCAUGGGAAUAUUCGGAAAUGCGCUAUUUGAAAAGCUCAUAAAACUUAAUGUGGAGACCAAGGAGUUUGUAACAUGGGAGGAGUCGGGUGGGUUUACUUCAGAGCCUGUGUUCGUCAAAGCGCCUGAUGGGAAGGCGGAGGAUGAUGGCGUCAUCUUGUCAUGCGUGAUCAACGUCCAAGAAAAGACUACCUCUCUGUUGGUACUGGAUGCCAAAGAAUUUAAGGAGCUUGGUCGAGCCGAGAUUAAGGGAGUUACCCCAGCAACAAUACAUGGCUUAUUUCAGUAG